AUGAAUGGAAAGGAGCCCUUAAGACCCACAACAAAUCACUUGCUCUCCGGUGGGCUGAGUUCUUCAUCUUUUAGACUGAGAUCUGCCCGGUUUUUCGGCAUUGCUUUUGAAGAUCUCAGAGAGGUCCUUAAAACAAGACUGCAAAUGGUGUGUGUAUUUAUCAUGAACCGAAUGAAUUCCCAGAACAGUGGUUUCACUCAACGCAGGCGGAUGGCUCUCGGGAUUGUGAUUCUCCUGCUGGUUGAUGUGAUAUGGGUUGCUUCAUCAGAGCUUACUUCGUAUGUUUUCACACAGUACAACAAACCAUUUUUCAGCACCUUUGCAAAAACAUCUAUGUUUGUUCUGUACCUUUUGGGCUUUAUUAUUUGGAAGCCAUGGAGGCAACAGUGCACAAGAAGAUUUCGAGGAAAGCAUUCUGCUUUUUUUGCAGAUGCUGAAGGUUACUUUCCUGCUUGCACAACAGAUACAACUAUGACUAGUUCUUUGAGUGAACCACUGUAUGUUCCUGUGAAAUUUCAUGACCUUCCAAGUGAAAAACCUGAGAGCACAAAUAUUGAUUCUGAAAAAACUCCCAAAAAGUCUCGAGUAAGGUUUAGUAAUAUCAUGGAGAUUCGGCAGCUUCCAUCAAGCCAUGCAUUAGAAGCGAAGUUGUCGCGAAUGUCCUAUCCUACUGUGAAAGACCAAGAAUCCAUAUUGAAAACUGUGGGGAAACUGACUGCAACUCAAGUAGCAAAAAUUAGCUUUUUCUUUUGCUUUGUGUGGUUUUUGGCAAAUUUGUCAUAUCAAGAAGCACUUUCAGACACACAGGUUGCUAUUGUGAAUAUUUUGUCUUCAACUUCUGGACUUUUUACCUUAAUCCUUGCUGCAGUGUUUCCAAGUAACAGUGGAGAUAGAUUUACGCUCUCUAAACUACUAGCUGUAAUUUUAAGCAUUGGAGGCGUUGUGCUGGUAAACCUGUCAGGGUCUGAAAAGUCUGCCGGGAGAGAUAUGAUAGGUUCCAUUUGGUCUCUUGCUGGAGCCAUGCUCUAUGCUGUGUACAUUGUUAUGAUUAAAAGAAAAGUAGACAGAGAAGAUAAGUUGGAUAUUCCAAUGUUCUUUGGUUUUGUAGGUCUGUUUAAUCUGCUGCUCUUGUGGCCAGGUUUCUUUUUACUUCAUUAUACUGGAUUUGAGGACUUCGAGUUUCCCAAUAAAGUAGUGUUAAUGUGCAUUAUCAUUAAUGGCCUUAUUGGAACAGUUCUUUCAGAGUUCCUGUGGUUAUGGGGCUGCUUUCUUACCUCAUCAUUGAUAGGCACCCUUGCGUUGAGCCUUACAAUACCUCUGUCCAUAAUAGCUGAUAUGUGUAUGCAAAAGGUGCAGUUUUCUUGGUUAUUUUUUGCAGGCGCUAUCCCUGUAUUUGUUUCAUUCUUUAUUGCAACUCUCUUAUGCCAUUAUAAUAAUUGGGAUCCUGUAAUGGUAGGAAUUAGAAGAAUUUUUGCGUUUCUAUGCAGAAAACAUCGAAUUCAGAGAGCUCCAGAAGACAGUGAGCAGUGUGAGAGUCUCAUUCCUAUGCACAGUGUUUCUCAGGAGGAUGGAGCUAGUUAGCUGUUCAGUUCAGCCUGGUGAUGGAAUAUUAUACAGCGAAGAGACAAUCUCUGGCAAGUUUUUGUAGAAAAAUGUUUCAGUGCCUAGUCUGAGAAAUAACAGUUUCAGUUCUUUGAAACUCUAACAUAUAUUUUCCUCAUGUCUGUACUCUUCAUUUCCAUGGUGAAGUACUUUGCUGUGCAGCUGUGUACACAUCACUACAGUUACCGGAUGCUCCAGACCACAGUCCAUCUAAAGGGCUACCCUGCCUUGCAUAUCUCAAGGGCUUCAGUUGAAGAAAUCAUUUGACUAAUCAAAGAAUAAAAUCCUCAUGUUCUGAAGAUUUUAUUUUCACAUAUUUGUUAAAUGCUGCACUAUAUUAUAAAAAUGAUUUCAAGAAAUCAUUUAAGUGUGUAGAUCAGUAUUUCUGACAGGUAAAAUGCCUAACAUAAACAUCCUGUAAUAGGUAUGGAUUAUAUUUUUGAGUUUUGUAGAAUAUUGCAAAUUACACAGAAAAAAAUGUUUAUGUAAAAGAUGUGUUCAUGCAAAUUUGGUGGACUUUGAAGAGAAUAAAUAUUUCAGAAAAGAUCUGGUACACUUAUACUACAUAUACUGUAUUCUUUCAUAGCAUUAGGUGCCUUGUAUUUUAAAAAUGUGACAAACUAUGACAAAUUGUGAAGGGGAAAUAUAAAAUGAAC